AUGGCAAAUAAUGCAAGUUUAUUAAACAUUCAAGGAGAAAAUGAUUACAGCAAAUUAAAUAAUUUUUUUGCUGAUCACUCAUACUAUCAAAAUUAUAUGCUAAGUGCUAUGGAUAUAAAAAUAUUUAAUCAAAUUACAACUGUAAUAAAUAAAGAAAAGUAUCCACAUUUAUAUCGUUGGUAUAAGCACAUUAAUUCCUUGCCAGUUCGUAUUUUUAAUCAAUAUAAGGGCAAUGAAAAUGCAAAAAAAAGUAAUGUACCAGAAAAAAAAAUUAAUGAAAAAAAAAUGGAUGAUGAUGAUGAUGUUGAUAAUGAUAUAGAUCUUUUUGGUGAUAAUAAUGACGAUGAUAAGAAUAUUUUAUUAGAAAAAAAAAAGCAAAAAGAAGAGGAACUUAAAAAAAAGCAACAAAAAGAAAAAGAUAAACACAGGUCAAUAUUAAUUAUCGAGAUAAAGCCCAAAUCAAUUGAUACAGAUAUAUCAAAAAUUUCCAAACUUGUGAAACAGAAGAUUGUUGACGAAAAUAUAAAAUGGGGAGAGGAAGUAAAAAAAAUUCCAGUUGCUUUUGGUUUAUAUAAACUUCAAAUGUCAUGUAUCAUUUACGAUGAUUUUGUUAACACAAACGAUUUAAUAGAAAAAAUAGAGAAUAUUGAUUUAGAUAGUGAAGAAGAUAGAAAAAAAAGAACAUUGAUAUUAGGGUUAGAUGAGGAGAAUGAUGAAGAUGAUGAAAGAAGUGAAGAAGUUGAAGAUAUUGAAGUUGAAGAUGAUUUAGACUUUUUAGUUCAAUCAGCAGAGAUUGUAUCAUUUAACAAAUUAUAA